GCAGCGCCGCGGGUGGACGUCGUGUGUGCGCUCCCAUCUUGAGACAAUCUCAUGCCAAGUUCAAGCGCGGACAACGAACUUGCAUCACUACGAUACUAUCCCUCCGGCGUGCAUGAAAUUUAUAUCUUCAAUGAACAUUAUUCACAAUUAGAGUAAUAAAGAGACCCAAGUCGCGGUUCACUUUCUGUGAUCAUCCAAAACUGACUAAAAAUAGGUUAGCGUUUGUGUUAUAAGCGUUUUGGAUACGGUAAUAAAAGUGUGAGUAACAAAGUAUUGUGGCAAUUGAGGAGAAGUUGUGUGGGAUGAAGUGAUGGCAGCGUGGCUGGCUGACUUAGAGUAGCGGAGUUGCAGUGGCAGCCCUAGCGCAGUGCGACCAGCGCUGCCGACCCUUACCAUGCAUGCACAUCAGAUGGCGCUGGUAGAGGAGGCGGGCUCAGAGGAUCCGGAAGUGCUGCUCAACGAGUGGCUAGGCGAACUCAGCGCCCUCACUGCGGGUCUGAGUGCAACGAGCGAGGCGUCUGCGCUGCGGCCGCUGGAGAUAGUGGCUCCCCGCAUCGACACUUACCGCUUCUCUCUAGCCAACCUGGAAGAUACGCAGGACGCCGACCUGGACGCCAUACUGGGGGAACUCUGCGCCCUCGAUACGGAGUACGACGACGAACUCACAAGGAUGUCUACGGAAUACACGUCGAUGCCAAAACAGAGGGUGGAAGGCGAUGGGGUUGUAGGGGAGAGGUGCGUGGCACGGGCUGAGGGCAGCAAGGAGGGCGGCGAGGGAGGCGCCGAGCCGAGGGCGGUCGCCAGGACUGACUCGCCCGACAAUGAUUCCGCAUUUAGUGACACCGUGUCAAUGUUGUCGAGUGAGUCUUCAGCUUCAAGCAGUAACAGCGCUAAAUGCAAAGCCUUGAAGUUAAAUCUUCACCACAAUCAGAAGAAGGCGGACAAGAUUAUGCUUGCAUUGGAACGUAUGCGCGAAGCCAGCGUCAAGAAGCUCUUCAUCAAGGCCUUCUCCAGCGAUGGUUCAUCCAAGAGUCUCCUGAUUGAUGAGAAGAUGAACUGCGGCUGUGUCACCCGUCUGCUGGCAGACAAGAACCAUGUCACCAUGGAACCAAAGUGGGCCAUCAUUGAACAUUUGCCUGAUUUACACAUGGAGCGGGUGUAUGAAGAUCAUGAAAUGCUUGUAGACAACUUGAUGCUGUGGACACGAGAGUCAAAGAAUAAAAUCUUAUUCGCGGAGAGACCGGAAAAGAUAGCUCUAUUCCAGAGUCCAGAGAAGUUCCUACUCAGUGAAGAUGACAGAGUUCGUUCUGUGGAGCAUGAUGACCACUCAAGGCAGGUGAUACUCGAGGAAUUCUUCGGGCAGAGUGGAGGCACCUCCACACCCUCGGUGUCAGGAAACCCUGUGCCCCAGAUGGAAGGCAUGCUGUACUUAAAGAGUGAUACGAAGAAAGAAUGGAAGAAGUACAGAUUCGUUCUUCGACCAUCAGGUUUAUACUAUUCACCGAAGGACAAAGUGAAGACAUUAAAAGAAUUAGUCUGCUUGGCAACAUUCGAUACAAAUGAGGUGUAUGUCGGCUUGAACUGGAGAAAGAAGUACAAGGCACCAACUGAACAUUGCUUUGCUAUCAAGCAUCCUCGGCUGCAGCAGCCUAAGAGCGUAAAAUUCAUCAAGUUCCUUUGCGCUGAUGAUGCGGGGACCCUCGAGAGAUGGUUGACCGCCAUGCGUAUAGCUAAGCAUGGCCGGCAACUGUUGGAGAAUUACCGCACACUGGUUGAAGAACUAACCCAAGAAGAUCUCGAUCAUUUAGCACAUGCCCGAUCUUGCUCCAUAUCAUCAAUCCCGAUGAAGAGCGGAGUAAGCAGUACUGCGCAGUCCAGUGCAUCCAGUAACGCUAGUGUUGCCAACUCUGAUAUCAGCAGUGGCCGACAAUCUCGGGCGUCUUCGUCCAGCUCCAGUGGUUGUUUAUCAGACGGUGGCGCUGCCUCAGAGACCGCCUUCGACUGCGAGUUUCCUAUGGGUACGAUAAAACGCAAGCCGUCGAUGAAGCCCAACAUCCCGUUGACUUGGAUGACGCGGCAGCUAAAGGAAAUGGCUGAGACAGAGGCAGAACAGAGUUCUGUGGCGUGUUCUUAA